AUGGUCACGCAGCGGCUCGCCCUUCUCAACAUCACCAACGUCGGCAAUCCGCCAUCGCAUCUAUCACCAUCUGUUGAUCAGGGCAUUGACAGCUCUGACACACCGGACGGCACGCUUCCGCAAAUCCAUUCUCACGCCAUGUCGGCCCCCAUCCGAAACGUGCCGCGAGUGGCAUCGCGCGCAUUCUCGCACUCGGCCGCACCUCAGGUCUCUCGCACCGGCUCGACGUCCUCCUCGGCCAGCACCAUCGGCUCAUCCGCUCCUAGCCCCGCGCGAUCCAAGCACCUCAAGCGCCAGCAGCGCAGCAAGGAUGAUGUGCUCCGCAGAGCUGUGGAGCUCUACCACUUGACACCGUCGUUCCUUCCCACAGCUCCGCGAGGCGUCCUCGCCGCAUCCAUGUCCGGCAGGAGCUCGGCGCCCAGCGCAUCGUCCUCCGCAUGGGACGCUUCGCUCGACACCGCAAUCUACGCUUCCAUCCUCAACACCGACUCGGUCUCCCGCCGCUCGCCCAACCUUGUUGCAAGGGGCCUGCCCGAAUACUCGCGCGAACAGUCCAGCCGCGCCGCCUCCGUCCCUGCCUUUGGCAACACUGGCUCGCACUCCAGCAGCAACGCAAAGGACGUCCAGUCCUUUGUCUCGGACCUCACCAGCACCACCUUCCUCACUCGCAGGGAGAGGGAAGCAGCCGCAGCCGCAGCAAAGUCGUCCUCCACACAAUCAUCCUCCUCCGCCGCUGACCCAUCGUCCAAGCCCAAAAAAGGCGGCCUCCGAAGCUUCAGCGAUGCCGACAUUGCCAUGUACGAGCGAAGGCACAACAAUGCCACGGGUUCAGGCGUCUCCCCUGGCCUCGACAACAGCCGCUACUCGGGCGCAGAGAGGCUCACCCACCUCGACCGCGUCACUCCCGGCGCCAACGAAUGGUACCGAAGCCAAGGCCUCAACACCCGCUCCGCCCGCGUCCGUGAUGCUAUCUUCGGCACGGUCAGCGGCGAGCUGCCCGGCCUCGAAAUCACCGCACUCGGAGCUUUUAAGCGUGUCCAGCUCCUGCCCAUAUCGGGUGUGCCGAAAGACGCAGCUGCCUGGUCGUUUGACCAGCAGCACGGCGCAGUUCAGCCCGGCGCUAGAUCUCGACACACCGUGAGAACUGGGCCGAUCCUGGGUCCGCCGACCGCCCUCCUGGUCCUCAGUCCGAAUCUGUUCUUGCCCCGCCCUUCCUCCAAACGUCAAGCAAUGUCUGACGACUCCAAGUUCUCUUCGUUCGAAAACAUAUCUCCGGUCCGCGAUCCUCGUUCCACUGAUCAGCCGUCGAUGCCGGCCGUUCCAAUCAUCCUCUUUGGCUCGCAAGGCUCCGACUUCCUUGGCGGCUUCGACGCCAUAUUCGCGCUCUCGCAACGCCAUGCUGUGCUCGCAGCCUUCCUCUCUCUGGCGCUCGGUGCCAUCCGAGACGAGCUGCGAAGCGUCGCCAAUCGAAAGGUGAACGACGACCUGCCUGGCGACAUCGAACUUCUUCCCCAUCUCCCGCCGUUUGAGCCCUUCUCGGAUCUAAAGUCUCUGGUCAGCCACCAUCGCCACACUGGCUUGACGGAUCCUGUGAUCAACGGCGUGCUGCUGAGCAUGCUUCAGACGGCCAACGUCGUAGCUGUCUUCUGCGCCGCUCAUCAUCAAGCAGAUCUCGACGGCCAUGCCUCCAGCGAGGCGAAGGCAGUUCUCGUCCAGGCUUGGAAGGCCGUCGCAUCGCCGAGCUCUCACUUGCUGGGCUUCUGCACUGGAGCGCUUUCCGCCUUUUCGGUCCGAGGCGUCGUGGAGGACGGACCCACACAGUCGCCGAGGAUCAUCUGGAGCUACAUUCAGCACGCAGUCAAAGCGAUCCGCGCAUGCUUCUGGAUCAGCUUGCGUUCCGCCCAAGCCCGUCAUCGGCUCGUGGCGGACAACCUCCCUCCCGUGGAGCCAUGGAGCAUCGUGGUGGCAGCCAAAGGACCCGAAACUAUGGCGCAGAUUUCGAUUCACCUUCGAGCAUUCAACGAGAUCGAGCACGCCCGCCCACUGGACAAAACAGGCCCCCUCGUCAUCACCGCCAUCGCCACCAAUCAGGUCUCGAUCGGAGGUUGCCCUCAAAAGCUGCAGCUCUUUCGGUCCGUCUUGACCAACGACCUCGGAUCUGCUUGUCGAGUCUCUAGACUCGAGAUCUUCGCGCCUUACCACAGCCCCGAGCUCGAACAUGAAGCCUCGCUCGUUAUGCUAGACCUGGAGCGCAGAGGCAUUCUCCAUGAUGCGAUUUCGCCCUCGAGCGGAAAGUUGAUUUGGGAGACAGUCAACGCACAGGUUGCCCUGGACACAAAUAUUCGAGACAUGCUCAGAACGCUGGUCGAGAGCAACCUCUGUCGGACGGCCGACUGGGAUGCCAUGAUCAACAAUUUGAUCCUGCGGGAGGAAGGAUCGUCCGAUUCAACUAUUCCCAAGUCAGGCCUGAUCGUCUCCCUUGGACCGGGCAUCCAUCUCGCAGCUGAUCUUCGAAAGCGUUUUGGUGAUCGAAACGGAGCAGGAGAAGUCGCCGUAAUCGAUGUCCCAACGCUUCUCCAGGAAGAUGCGCUGCGAGUUUCCUACCCGACGUCGGGUCUGACUGGAAAGCCUCUAGCGCAAGCCGAAGUGCACGGAGACGAAGUGGUCGUCGUUUCCAUGGCAUGUCGCUUUCCCGGAAAUGUUCGCAGUCCAGAGCAGCUUUGGACCUGUCUCGAAACGGGUAGAACGACCGUCACGGAGAUCCCGAAGCAUCUUUUCGACAUCGAGGCCUACCGCGGAUCCGGCAAGAAUCAGACCAUGGCGACGCACAUGCAUGCUCUGUCAGAGGACGUGGUGCGAUCCAUGGAUGCCCGGCUCUUCAGCAUGUCUCCGAAAGAGAUUGAGCAACUCGAUCCUCAGCACCGUCUCGCCAUGCUCUGCUCGUUCGAGGCUCUGGAGCGAGCUGGGUACUCUGCAGAGGCCAAUUCACCUUCUUCGUUUGACAAGAAGCGUAUCGCGGUCUGCAUGGGGUCCAGCUGGGACGACUACCGCGAGAAUGCCAGCUGGAGCAUCGGCAGCUACUUUAUCACGGGCAACAUCCGCGCAUUCAUCCCCGGCCACGUGUCCUUCUCGCUCAACAUGGAAGGGCCGAGCUUGUCGGUCGAUUCGCUCGAAUGCUCAGCAGUGUCUGCCAUACAGUGGUCGAGACGCGCGCUCCUCAGUGGCCAGUGCGAUGUUGCCCUCACCGGCGCCGUAAAUCUGAUGACACAGCCACAAAUGUUCGUUGCGAUGGACAAGCAGGGCAUCCUUUCCCACAGCGGCACCAACAUGACGUUCUCGUCCAAGCACGAUGGGGCCACUCGAGGCGAAGGGUGCGGCGUCUUGCUGCUGAAGCGUCGCUCGACCGCCAUCCAGGAUGGGGACAACAUCCUUGCAACCAUCUCGGCAGCCCGCACCGUCCACCACGGCGCCCGUGCAGAAGGAGAGGACGCGGUCGCUCAGCAAUCCGAGUUUCUGGCAGAGAUGCUACGCGAAGGGGGCGUAAGUCCUACGGCCCUUGCACACAUCGAGGCGAGUGGCUUCCACACCCAGACCGCAGAGGCAGUGGAGAUCGAAUCUUUCGCACGACUUUUUGCGAGGCCUCAAGGUCCAAAGGCUCGCUCAUCCGACAAUCUCGUCUCUGUUGCCAGCUCAAGGCCCAACUUGGGUGCCGGAGAGGCAGUGUCGGCCAUGGCAUCUGUCAUGAAAGCGGUGCUGGUCUUGAAUGAAGGCAUUGUUCCCAGGCAGAUCUCGAUCCCUCACUUGUCGGAGCUGCAGCCUCGAAUCGCCACCGCGUGCGCUACCUCGCCCCUGUUCGUGCCAACACAGGCACGCUUGCUGCCAGACGAGACAGAUGAUCACAGGCGUCACGCUAUCCUCGUCAACAGUCUUGCCAGCACUGGCUGCCACGGAGCGGUGGUUCUGCAGAAGCCGAAGGAAUACGCACGGGGCGGAUCUACUGCAUUCGACAAAGCUGUUGCGCCGGCGAAGAACGACAAUCGUACAUGGAUCUUUGUGCUCUCCGCCAAGACGAAGGAGUCCGCGGAGAUGCUCAAGAAAGCCGUCAUCGACUACCUCCAGCGCGAGGUCUGCCUGGCCGACCUGAGCUACUCCCUCGCUUGUCGCCGGACGCACCAGACGCAUCGCUUGGUCGUCAUCGCCUCGGAUCAAGACGAGCUCAUCCGGAAGCUUCGUGCUGCUGCCUUCACCGAGGCGAGAUCAGCGUCGGAUCUUCAAGACCUCGCCUUCUUUUUCGAGACGAUCGACACCGCCUCUGUCGACGUCACAACGCUUGCCGACCUUCAAGACCGUUGCGAUGAAUUCAUCUCGACGCCCGGGAUGCUCAAGAGUGGCGAUGCAGAGCGGUCCUCUGAAGUUCUUCAGAUGUGUCUCGCGUCGUUCCUGGAGGAGUGUGGAGUCCGUCCAUCCCUCGUUGCAGGACAGAUCAUCCCGGCCCUGCUUGCGGGAGGCUGGAUCGACAGCGACAGUGCUGCAGCAGUUCUCGCAAGCGCCGACAUCCAAGAAGCUCCGUCUCUUCAGAGCAUCGUCCACAAUGGAUUCGCGAGCAUUCUCACAGCAAAGGGAGAGACGAUCCUCGCCGCAAGCCCUCCUGAUCUCACCCAAUCCUCGCUGUGGGAUCAGCCGAGGGACCACACUCUCAGCAAAGAUAGACUGCCGGACGGGCAUAUCUGGAUCAGCAUCGGCGAGCUCUUGAGCCUGAUCAAGAAUGGCUCGACAACGCUCAGCAGGGACGAAGCGCAUCGAUCUAAGGAGGGCGCGAGUCGAAUCGAGUGCUCGAUCCUCUCACUGUUGGCCGAUCUGUACCGACUUGGGUACUCGAUCCGCUGGAUAGAGAUCUUCCGACCUCACUUGUCCCAGUUCCGCUUCAUCGAGACGUUGCCCACCUACCCGUUCCAUCUUCAGCCGUUUUGGAUGGAGUACCGCGAUCGCAAUUUGCUCAACAGUACCACCGUCGAGAGCGAGGGCCCCUCCUCGACCACCGAUCAUCCCGCGGACGCCGCUGCAAGCUCUGAAGAGAUUGACGACUCAGAGGCACCAACGCAAGCUCUGUUGUCGGCCCAAGUGUCUAGCGACGCGCGGUCCAGCAUCUACAUCUCCGAUCUGGCCGGACAGCCGCAGUCAACGCUGCUGAAGCUCGCCAAACCUGCCGCCAUCUCUGUCGAGUUGAUGGUAGAGGCAGCGAUGGAAGCGAGGUCUCGGGCAUCUGUCAACGACCCCACACAGCUGGCAAGGCGCUCUUGCGUCAGUGUCGUGGAUGUAUGGCUGCCGCAAGCAGGUCAUGAGCUGAUGCGAGCCAGCAACGUCGUGCUUGACGUCAUCGCUUCGAAGGGCUCGGACAUCACUGGAGCCCAUGUUCGCAUGCACAGUGAUUCGAGCUCAGCCGUGGUCGGAGAGCUCCAAUACCGCUGGACUCAGGCUGCGGAUGCCGAGCGACGAUGGUCUAAGCUGCAAACCUUCGUGGACAAAGCAGUCUCGACGCUCCAAAGUGUCGGUGAAAGGCUCGAUGCAAAGCUGAUCUACAAGAGCCUCGGCGAGGAUGGGACCGGUUUCCUCAAGACGGUUCGGAGCGGCUUCCUGUCGGACGAAUCACGAGAAGUGGUGUUUGUCAUCUCGGCUACCAGCGAGAAUGACGCAGCCGGUGCCGGCUUGCUCUGUGGCAUUCCUGCGCUUCUUUCGAGCCUCGAGGAGUGCCUCCGCUGGUACAAGCGCAACUUCGAUGAUGCUUCAGACAGCAUGCUCGCGAUGACCUCCAUCGACUUUAUGGAUCUUGACGACGACCUGUUCCAAGGUUACGACAAGUCGACGAGCAAGCCUCGGCAAUACAUGGCUUUGGUCACGCCUGGUCGGGAUGCCACCACACGGGAGGCUCCUCACGGAGAUGAAUGUGUCGACAUUCUCCUUCUGAACGGAGACAAGAGCAUCAUCGGCCAGCUCGAUGGUGUGCGCUUGGGCAAAGUCGAUGCGCCUCGCGAUGGCCAGCCUCCCAGCAAGGACCAAGCAUCACCCGCUCCCGUAAAGUCAAAGCACUCAGCGACUCCUCGUGCGCAACGAGCGGAAGAAGCCUCUGCCGAGCCACCUGUUCCGCCCACUGAGUCGCAACGGACGUGCCAGGUCGGACCAGCCGGAGCUGCGGAUGAAGUGCAUGCCAGGGUCCUCGGUGUCUUGGCCUCCGAACUAGGAAUCGCGCUCGAGGAGAUGAAGCCUCAGGUCAAGUUCGUCGACCUCGGCCUGGACAGCCUGAUGUCCCUGGUCUGCAUCUCGACACUGGAAUCUCUCGAUCUCGGAUUCGCGCUGCCACAAUCGCUCUUCAUGGAGUGCAGCAGCCCUCACGAGCUCCUUGCCUGGAUCAGGGAGCAGAUCGGGGACAAAGGCGUCGAUACCGCUUCGCCAUCUGUGCAGUGCCAGCAAGUGGUUUCUGCAGGUAACGUGCCCUCAGGCGCGACACUAGCCAGUCAAGACGAUCCCAUGACGAUCAGCAACGAUGAGCGCGAAGCCAAUGGUGUCCCGGAGCCGACGAGCGGGAACUCGGCAGUCGAGGAGACAAUGGCGACGAUCAUCUCCACUAUCGAGAAAGAGCUAGGCGUUGCAGAGGGAAGCAUCGACGAAGUGGCGAACCUGGCGGAUCUCGGCAUGGACUCGCUCAUGUCGUUGCUCGUGCUCGGUAACCUGUCGAGCGAGCUCACUAUCCCGCUGCCUUCGUCGCUGUUCAUGGAUCACACGUCGCUGCGCGAGAUCCGCCGCUUCCUCGAGUCCGACCUGGGCGGCGGCCCUGUCGCUCCUGACGUCGAAUCACGCUCCAGCCUGCCAGCCGACAAGACAGGCGAGAGCAUCGCUAUUCCCGAGCCAAAAGCGCCAGUGCUGAUGCGCAAGCGCACCGGUCGGGGGAACAGCACACCAGUGUUCCUGCUUCCGGACGGCUCGGGCAUGUCGACGAUCUACCAAUUCCUUCCGGCGAUCGACCGGGACGUGUACGCGAUCAACUCUCCCUUCCUGGCGGACGCGUCGGUGUGGAAAGGCGGCAUCGCGCAAAUCGCCCGGUACUAUCUCUCAAGCAUGAGGCUGGUGCAGCCCGAAGGCCCGUACCUGGUGGGUGGAUGGAGUUUCGGCGGCAUGGCUGCGUUCGAGAUCGCACGACUGCUCGCCACCCAGCCUGGCGCACGCAGCGACCGCGCAGCUGGCGUGUUUCUGCUCGACUCGCCGUGUCCCCCUGUGUACGCUCCGCUGCCGUUCGGCGUGGUCGACUGGAUCUUGAGCGCGCCCGAGCUGCGCGACAUUGCACCCGCCGGACUGUCGCCCAAGCUCGCGGCGCACUUCCGGGCCACGGUCGAGAGCAUCGUCGGCUACCGUCCCACGGACGCCUUCGCCGGUGUCGACAAGACCAAGAUCCCGCACGUGUGGUACAUCGUGGCGGACAAGCAGCUGCCUGGGCGCGUCGAGGACGUCGCCGGCGCCAACGAGACGGUCGAGUGGCUGUUCCGCGCCAACCGCGCCGCGAGCGGCACCGACGGCUGGCACAAGUGCGUCCCACACGACCACCUCACCGUCGCGGCCGUCGCCACCGCCAACCACUUUACGCUCGUGCGCAUGCCCGCCAUCGCCGCUGUCGCCGACAUCCUCCAGCCCGCCUGCCACGCCGCGCUGUCUGCGUGA